AUGGCAGCUAAGGCAAUCAUUUGCAUACUUACUCUGGCCGUCUCUGUCACUGGGUUCGUGCAUCCUGGCCUCUUACACACGUCUAAGGACUUGGAAAGAGCCAAGUGUCACGUACUCAAGGGCGAUGAGCCAUGGAUGACAGACUGGCAACUCUUGCUCAACAACAGUCGCGCAUCGCCAACUUACGAGCCAGAUCCUCAACCCACUAUCUACCGCGGCUCAGACGGUACUCACGCGGAAAAUUAUGGCCGCCUCUAUAACGACGCUCAUGCGGCAUAUCAGCUUGCUAUCCGAUGGCAUAUCCAGGGGGGCGGUCAAUACGCUGACGCGGCUGUUGCUAUCCUGAAUGCCUGGUCAUCUACCAUGGUGGCUAUUGGUGGCAGUAGUUACUGCUUUCUCGCUGCUGGCAUCUAUGGCUAUCAGCUUGCCAAUGCAGCAGAGCUUAUGCGUUCAUACAGCGGCUGGAGUGCCUCCGAUCAAGACCAGAUGAAGACGUUUCUCCAGGACGUCUUUUAUUCGGAGAGCUACAGAUUCUUGACCACCCAUAAUGGACAAGACGAGUAUCACUAUUAUGCAAACUGGGACUUCUGCAAUAUCGCUAAUAUCAUGGCAAUCGGCGUGUUUACUGACAAUCAAACGAUGUACAACUACGGUAAAAACUAUUUCCUCAACGGAGACGGACGCGGAGCGAUCAACAACUUCAUCUACAAGAACUAUACCGAGUCUGGUAGUGGUAAAAUUCUCUCACAAGGCCAAGAGGCUGGGAGAGACCAGGGCCACGCGACUCUGGACAUUUCUCUACUCGGGGUCAUUAUGCAACAGGGCUACAACCAAGGAGAUGACCUGUUUGCCACAUUGGGAGAAGCUGGGCUUCAUGCCUCCGAGUAUGUCUCUAAGUACAACGUUGGGUACGACGUGCCGUAUACUCUGUACGAGAGUUACCAAGGCAAUCAGACUGUCAUAUCAGCGAAUAGCAGAUACACCCAUCGCCCAGGCUUUGAGCUUGUCUAUGCACACUACAACGACAUCAAACACGCCAACGCUUCCUGGACCAAGAUGUAUCGCGACCAAACCAAUGGGAAUUCUACCGCCGGGGUGGAAGGCGGGGGCGGUAACUAUGGUCCUAACAGUGGAGGCUUUGACGUUCUUGGAUAUGGCACCCUCCUCUAUCGCCUGUCGGCUUGA